CAUCAGGGGAAAAGAAUAACAUCUCUGCCUGUUUCCUUUGCGUCAGCGAUCAAAAAUCAGUGAAUAUGAGGGCCUUGUUAGUUUUAGUCAUUUUGGUGGCAUCCCUCAUCUUCCAAUGUGCCCUCGAGGUUCUCACAGAAGGACUGCCUGAGGACACACUCAAAAGGCUGUCGGUGGACGGAGCGAAGUAUGUGGAUGUGGAGAUGAAAAGGGCGUUGUUCGGCGUGAAGCAGAUGAAGGAGGUGAUGGAGAAGAAUGAGGAGAAGCAUGCACACCUCAUGAGGUCACUGAGACACAGCGGUGAGAAGAAGAAGGGGGCAGUGGAGAUGGCGAAGGAGGUGGAGCAGAAACUGGGGGAGGCAGAGCAGCAGUGUAAGGAAGCCCUGAAGACCUCCUGGGAAGAGUGCCGGCCAUGCCUGGAGGAUGCCUGCAAAACCUUCUACACCUCUACUUGCCGUCGCGGCUUCUCCUCCUUCUCCUUCAAGGUGGAUGACUUCUUCCGUAAGACCUCUGCCCAGUUCCAGCUGGAGGACGGCCAGGGUCUGGUCCAUGGCCAGUGGCUGGAGAACCCGGACGAGGAGAUGAUGCAGGUGGAGGAGUCUUUCAGCCAGCUGCAGCAGAGAGUCAGCAUCCUCUAUGACAGGAGCAUGGACCUGGUCAUGAACAUGCGACGGCAGUUUGACUGCACCUUCCGCGAUGCCUUCAUCACCAGCCUCAGGCCCAAGCCCCUCAUCCCAGGUCCCGACGUUCUCGACACCGACUUCCUCAAGGGCAUUGGCCUGGAGGAGGUCCUGGACUCCUUCUUUGACUUCAGCAAGAGCAUGUUGGAGGACUUCAGCUCCGUCAUCACGGAGGUGUUUGAGGACAUUCAGGUGGCUGUCCAGAAGGAGUCCGAGCUGCAGGAGGGGACAGACGUUUUCCCAAGCUGGGCUUCGAUCCAGAGCAAGAAACUGUGCAGAGAUCUGCGCAGACAGACGUCUGAGUGCUGGCAGCUACAGGGCCAGUGUGAACCCUGUCAGAGAACUGUGACACAAGAGUGCCCGAGUGUUUGGGAGCUGCACAGGGAGCUGAACGAAGUCUCUGAUCUGCUGAGUGUCUCCAGCCAGCAGUACCAGGAGGUGCUCCAGGUCGUUCAGAGGCACACGGACGACACCUUCAGCUGGCUGGGUGACAUGGCUUCCAGGUUCAGCUGGGUUGUAGAGCAGGCCAAUAGCACAGCAGUCUCUGACUGUGUCUUCAACAUCGCUGCUGUGGUACCCCAGAAACAGCUGGCUGACAGUGCCUCUGCCCCUAACACUACUGUGGAGGUGAAUGUACUGAGCUCUCCCACCAUCACCCUGAACGUCCCUGCUGAUCUGGAGGUCCAGGACCCUGCUUUCAUUCAGUAUGUGGUCCGGGAAGCCCUGGGCAUGUACAAACAGAUGAUGAGGUAA